CCUCCUCGUCCUCCCGCCAGCCCGGAUCCCCGACCCCCCACCAGCCGCGGGCGCGCGCAGAGGAGCAGGUGCGGCGGAGGCGCAGCCCGACCCGGCCGGGUGGUAGCCCCGACCGCGCUCCGCCAGCCCCUGGCCGCCCUCGGGCGGGCAGCGCGGACAUGUCGGUGGCGACCGGCAGCAACGGGGCCGGAGGGGCCGGCAGCGGCGGCGGGGGAGCACGGGUCUUCUUCCAGAGUCCCCGGGGCGGCCCCACCUCGAGCCCCGGCUCCCCGCGGGAGGACGCGGCUCACGGGACCCCGGCGCCCGGGGCCGGGCCAGCUCCCCAGCAACCGCCGCCGCGGCGCCACCCGCAGGGCAAGGUGACAGUAAAGUACGACCGCAAGGAGCUGAGGAAGCGGCUGGUGCUAGAGGAAUGGAUCGUGGAGCAGCUGGGCCGGCUGUACGACUGCGAGGAAGAAGAAAUGCCAGAUGUAGAAAUUGACAUUGAUGAUCUUCUUGAUGCAGACAGUGAUGACGAGAGAGCUUUAAAGUUACAGGAAGCCCUCGUAGAUUGCUACAAACCAACUGAGGAGUUUAUCAAGGAGCUGCUCUCUCGGAUAAGAGGCAUGAGGAAACUGAGUCCCCCACAGAAGAAGAGUAUAUGAUCCUAGCACACGGAGGUUCUCUCCCAGACCGAGAAAGGCCCUGGGAUCCAGGCCCACGGAAGACCUUCAUUAAAGACGUUGCCCUUUGAACAACUUCUUUUGGGGGUGGGGGUUCUAUUAGAUGUUUAUUCAAGGGCGUUCUUUUUUCUGUUUUUAAGGUUUUUUUUUUUAGUGUAAUAUUUUUAAUAGUGAAGAUAUCAGGUCUCUGGCCGCAGCCCAAACCCAGGAUUAUCAAACCAGGUAAACGCCCAAGGAUGGGCCGUGCCAGGCAGCUUUCCUGCCAUGAUUUGGAUGGUUAGCACCUCAUGAUACAGGGAAGAUGGUUUUCUUAGGACUCGUUUGGUAAUACUCUCACUUAAGUUGUCCGUUUGACUCGGAUGUGCGUUUUAUUUCACAAUGACGGAAUAAACUUGUGGUCAUCCUUUAUCCCUUAUUUGAAGGUCAUAGCAUGUGCUAUGUCAUAGUGUGCAGAGGCCACUAGCAUUCUCGAUGUGAGUGCUGCCGACCUUCAAAAUUCACUUUCUGCACCAAAGUGAAAAAAAUUCAGUGUAUCCGUUAUUUUGAUGAGCUACACUACAAAACUAUUGAGUCAGUCAAGGGCUUAAUUUAAGGACUUCAUGAUAUUUCAUUGAUUGGGAUGCUUUGCCAGGUCAUGCAUUCGUUUCCUCAUUUGUGGUAGUUAAAUUUUUUUUUUUAUUCAAAGAACUGAUCAGAUUUCUAGAGAAAUGCCCAUGCCAUCUGAGUGAUAUUUUGCAGAGGAAAAAGGAAGUGCAAUGAUGCAAUUAAUUCUCUGCUUUCAACCAAAUACUGUGUAUUCUUUCUGCAUGAAGGCAGGUCAAAAGGAAGUUAGCAGAUGGAGUAUCUUUCUCCUUAGAUGGAGAUUCUGGUUGCUCUGGGCCCAGGCAGCAGCAGACCAACAGGCUGACUUCAGAGUUGGAGCAGGUGGGGGCGGGAGGUGGGUUCGGGAACGCGUUGCCCACCUGCCAAUCCAGAAAGCCUCACCUUCUCUCAAGAUGGUCAGUCCUGGAGCCCUGGCUGCUUUGGAUGAGUAGAGACUGCAUUUCUGGCUUCUCUCAUUGGGGUGUGGUGAGAACGCUGGGGCCCCAGUUGCCCCUGGCCCUUAUUCACACCCUUGAUUGGAGCUAAGCCUGGGCACCUGCCCUGCCCCUCUCCAUUAGAUACCAGCUCCUACUAGAAGGAUCAAAAUUCAGAUGGAGUGUAGACAGGGUAGAAGGUAAGAGCGGAAACUCUCCCUCCCUUCCAGGAUCUCUCCCACACACACAUAUACACAGAAACCCCACCUACCAUAAGAUGUCUCUAAGUUGGCCCUGAGAGAACAGGGCUCAGGCAAUUUUUCUUUUUUUAAUCAAGGGUGCUCUGAACAUAUUUUAUUAUUAAAAAGAACUAUGUUUGUGAAUUUUACGUACACUGGCAAGCUUUGGAAAAUGUAUUUAAUUUUGUAAUGUUUACCAAUGAUUUAUUUACAAGCUAUUUACUCAAAUAAAUGGAGCUGCUUACAA